CUUGUUUUCAAAAGCUCGUGCCAAAAUCUUCUGAGUCUCCAAAGCAAAGCCGCAAGCAAAAAGUAGAAGUUGCUGAUGAACCUUCCCCCUGAAAGCAUAAGAAUUGCCCAGCGAGUGUCUCUCCUUGCCCCUCUUCUCCUGCCCUCUCUAGGGGUGAGCAGGAAAAUUGGUAUUUCGAGAUCAGGGCAGCGCCAAAGGGGAUUGGUUGGGGUUUGUUUGGGCGAUAAGAUGAAUUUGGGAGUGGUGAGACCGGCAAUAGAAGGUUAUGCUGAUGCUGCAAUUGAAGCUAUAAAGUUUGGCCAUGUUAUUGCUGUCCCCACUGAUACACUUUAUGGCUUUGCUUGUGACGCUUGUUCUGCCAAGGCAGUUAAUCAUAUAUAUGAGAUUAAAGGGCGCAAGUAUACAAAUCCACUUGCCAUUUGUGUUGGGGAUGUUCAUGACAUUCACAAGUAUGCGUUCACUGAUCAUUUACCCAACGGCUUGCUUCACUCUCUCCUUCCUGGUCCUGUUACUCUUGUGCUAAGCCGAGGUGAGUCAAGUAUCCUUGAGAAAUCUUUAAACCCUGGAGUUGAGAGCAUAGGAGUUAGAGUACCAGAUAAUAACUUUAUUAGGGUAAUUGCCCGCUGUUCUGGAAGUGCACUUGCACUUACAAGCGCAAAUCUUAGUGGUCAAGCUAGCAGCAUCAAGAUCAGAGACUUUGAGAACCUCUGGGGGCACUGCGCGUAUAUCUUUGAUGGUGGUGUUCUUCCAGCUAGGCGUGCAGGUUCCACCGUGGUGGAUCUCACUAAACAAGGAAAGUACAAGAUAUUACGAUCUGGAAGAUUCAUACAAAAAAAGCAGGUUGGAGCAUGAAAGGUUGAAUGACUGUUUUUAUUCAGUAUAAUUGGAGGAUAGCAACUAGGUUUCAGAUGUGGUGUGAACAAGGAACGAGCUUUAACCUGUUAAUAUUUGAAGGGUUCCAAUGGGACAAUGAAUGGGUUAGCAAUGAUGUUGUUCAUCUCGAUGAUUAUCAUUUAUGGAGUCAAGUUGAUGAAGCUGCAGGUGUACCAAGCAAUCUUGAGGGUCAUAAUCUUCCUAGAAUUGGUAAAUCUCGCGGAGAACAAAUUUAUUAUAGACUCCGUGGUUCAAAUUCUUCAUUAAGGUUGAUUGACGAAGAUAUGAAAAAAAGAAGAUAAUUUUCUAAAUGAUAAUGAAGAUCUUUUAGACGACUAUGGCCAAACACCAUCUAGGCAUCUACUCCUACUCGUGAUGAUGAUGAGGGCGAUGAAUAUCGUAAAGAUGAUUUAGUCUUUGAUGAUUUUUGAGAACUUAGUAGUCUUUACAAUGCUUAUUUGAGAGACAUUUUUAAUCUUAUUUCCUAUUAAUAAACCUGGUUUUCAUUUAUUAAUUGUGGGUUUCAAAUCUAAGUUGUAUAC